GGCUCGCCAAAGGCGGGAGCGCCGCGAUGGAAGGGAACCGCCUCGCGCUCCGCUCCCUCUCGCCGCCCGGGCUUCUUCUCUAGCCCUUCGAGCGCGCAACAUGACUUUCCACGGGCUUUAUGGGGGCCGGCUCAACUCCACGCAGUUCGCCAUGGCCCCCCUCGACGCCGCCGGGAGCCCGGAGAAAGGCAACGGCAACGGGACCUUCGCGGAGCAAUGCGCCUCCGUCUCGGUGGCUUUCCCUUUGACUAUGAUGAUCACGGGCAUGGUGGGCAACGGACUGGCCAUGCUGCUAGCCUACCGAGCUUACCAGAAGAAGGAGAACCAGCGGAAGAAGCCGUUCUUGCUGGGCAUUGGUUCUCUGGCCCUAACGGAUCUAGUCGGGCAGCUGCUGACCAGCCCCGUGGUCAUCACAGUGUACUUGGCCAAUCGGAAAUGGCAGGCGGUGGACCCUUCCCAGCGCCUGUGUGUCUUUUUUGGCUUGGCCAUGACCGUUUUUGGUCUUUGCCCUCUCUUCAUAGCAAGUGCCAUGGCUUUGGAAAGGGCCCUGGCCAUCCAGGCCCCCCAUUGGUACACUGGCCACAUGAAGACCAGGCUGACCAAGAUGGUGCUACUUUGUGUGUGGCUGACUAGUUUUGCCUUUGCUCUCAUGCCCAUGAUGGGCUUUGGGAAGUAUACGCUUCAGUGGCCGGGUACCUGGUGCUUCAUCAGUAUGAAGGAUCAUGAAAAUGCCAGGGUGGGCAAUGCUGUUUUUGCUUCUAUGUUUGCUUUCUUGGGCCUCUUUUCCCUCGCUGUUACUUUGGCAUGCAACAUGACAACCAUAAUUGCACUGGUGUGUCGCUGCUGGUCCAAGAGCUCAACAUCCCGAUCAAGGAAGCAGUGGGGCAGGAUUACCAUGGAAACCUUUAUCCAGCUGCUGGGAAUCAUGUGUGUCCUCCUUGCUUGUUGGUCCCCACUUUUGGUGACAAUGUUGAAAGUGACUUUUAACCCCAACCCUAUGAAUCAAUGCAGAGAAUCCUGUAACCAAACCCAAAGUACAGAAUGCAAUUUCUCCUUAACCCAUAUUCGCUUGGCUUCACUGAAUCAGAUCCUGGAUCCCUGGGUUUACUUGCUACUUCGGAAGAUUUUCGUGCAGAAGUUUUGUCAGAUAGCCCGUGCCAUUUCAUGCUACCCUCAGGACAAAUGGAAAGGGCAACAUAUCAUUUUACCCAACAAAAUCAGACGCACAACAGUUUGAAUCAACUUUCAUGUCGGUACUUUUUUUUAGCUGAAGCAUUUUCCUUACUGUGAAUCUGGGCAUCCAGCACAUAUCCAUUUGUGUCCGGAAAUUAAUUGUGAGGAAGUUAAGGUUAAAUGGAGUUGCUUUUUUAAUUCAUUAAUUUAAAUAUGUCUAAGCAGGGGUAAACCUGAUUAGAUGAAGAUUACAGACUAAGGUUUUUUUUAAAAAAAAAAAUGGCAGAAGAUAGCAGUGGCAAAUCAGUUCUCGAAUGCUGCCAGGAAAAUUGUGUGUCCAUGAAAUCAUCAGCAAUUCAAAUAAUUCUGGUAAUCAACAUUGCAAUUUUGAACAUUUGGGGGGAAGCACUAUGAAUGGAAAUAGGCUAUUGCAAUAUCAGGGGACAUCAGGGAAUAAUCAUGUUUCCUGGGUCUAAAAAAUAUGGUCCAGGACCUGUGCAAUAUUGCAAAUGUGUCAAAUUUUAUAUUUAGUAAAAACUUGUCAAAUUUGAGAAUGUUCUGUUGAGGAUCUGAUUGGGCAUGUGACUGAUUCCCACCUUGCACUAAAGUCAAUAUGUGAUUGGGGAAGAGGGGGGUUAACAUAUUGUAAGAACCCAGCCAAAAGAAAUAUGUUAAACCAACCAAAUUUUAGUGUGUUGUGUAAUCUAUUUUAUGAUAUCAUUAUAUUUACAUGUUGCUGAAUUCCAAAUAGAUAUUGUUCUGAUGUAGUUGUUUAUGUAGUAGUGCAUAUCUAAUUGCUUUCUCAAUAAUUAUAUUAAAUUCCCCAUUGAUUUUAUAUGCCUACUGACUCUAGUGGAUCACUUGAGUCCAAAUUAAAACAGUCAUAUUAAUAUUCUAUUGAAAUCAUUGUAGAAGUACCAGGCCUAAAAUCUCAAUUAUUAUUUCAUGUGUCCUCAAUCCACCCCAUAUUACAUAUAUAUUAACAUAUAUGUGUAAUUUUUAUUCAAUACAGUUAAUGUAGGCUCAUACUAUAGUUAAAAUAUUUCAUGU